GAAGACGCUGGCGGACUUCCUGUCAGUGUGUGCGCGUGUUGAUCGUUUGAAGCGGGAGAUUCUUCUGAUUCUGAUAAAAAACUAAAGAAGAAGAAGAUGGCAAGAAACGCUGAGAAGGCCAUGACGGCUCUGGCCCGGUUCAGACAGGCUCAGCUGGAGGAGGGAAAAGUCAAGGAGAGGAGACCUUUUCUGGCGUCAGAGUGCAGUGAACUUCCCAAAGCUGAGAAAUGGAGACGACAGAUCAUCAGUGAAAUCUCGAAGAAAGUGGCUCAGAUUCAGAACGCGGGUCUCGGAGAGUUCAAGAUUCGGGAUCUGAACGAUGAGAUCAACAAGCUGCUGAGGGAGAAAGGUCACUGGGAGGUUCGGAUCAAAGAGCUGGGAGGACCCGACUAUGCGCGCGUCGGUCCCAGGAUGUUGGAUCAUGAGGGGAAGGAGGUUCCAGGAAACAGAGGAUAUAAAUACUUUGGAGCCGCCAGAGACCUGCCGGGAGUCCGAGAACUGUUCGAGAAGGAGCCUGCUCCAGCACUGAGGAAGACGAGGGCGGAGCUAAUGAAGGAAGUCGACGCAGAGUAUUAUGGGUACAGAGACGAAGACGAUGGAGUGCUGCUUCCUCUGGAGUCACAGUACGAGAAACAAGCUGUUUUGGAUGCGGUGCAGAAGUGGAGAACAGAGAAAGAAUCCUGUUUGUCUGGAGACAAACAUCUGGAAGAGGAGGAGGAGGAGAACAUCUACAGCGUCCAUAAGGAGGAGCCCGAUGAUGAGGAGAGCCGGGAGGAGCAGGAGGGAGAGGAGGGAGGAGUCUCCUUCAUCGCACACGUACCUGUUCCCUCACAGAGAGAGGUGGAGGAGGCUCUGGUCAGGAGGAAGAAGAUGGAGCUGUUACAGCGCUACGCCAGCGAGACGCUUCAGGCUCAGAGUCAAGAGGCCAGAACUCUGCUGGGAGUCUGACCUGUCUGUCUGUCACCUGUCUGUCUGUCACCUGUCUGUCUGUCACCUGUCUGUGUUGCCUUUGAUGUAAAUAUCUUGUUUCAUAUUAAAAGUUUUUUCAGACCA